AUGUCUUCAGCAGGUUUGAACAUCAUGAAGAGAAGUGCCUACGCAGCAAUCAAAGUGGACCCUGACGGAGACUACUAUACCCCCGGCACAUUUGAACUGGAGCGGCUCUUCUGGAAAGGCAGCCCAAAGUAUACUCACGUCAAUGAAGUCUGGCCUAAUCUCUACAUAGGAGAUGAGAAAACUGCAUUAGAUCGCUACAGCCUUGAGAAAGCCGGCUUCACCCACAUCCUCAAUGCAGCCCACGGCCGGUGGAAUGUGGACACAGGACCAGACUACUACAGUGACAUAGCCAUUGAGUACCAUGGAGUAGAAGCUGAUGAUCUCACCACCUUCAACCUCAGCCAGUUCUUUUAUUCAGCUGCUGAAUUCAUUGAAGCUGCACUCCAAGAUCAGAGAAACAAGAUCUUGGUUCAUUGUGCCAUGGGACGCAGCCGAUCCGCCACCUUGGUCUUGGCUUAUCUGAUGAUUUACAAGAAUAUGACAGUGGUUGAUGCCAUUGAGCAAGUGCUGCAGCACCGAUGCAUCCUCCCAAACCGCGGCUUCCUGAAACAGCUGAGAGAACUGGACAUAAAGCUGGCUCUGGAGAGGACAAAUGCCAAGAAUGGCAUCCAAGUCAGUGGAGAGGAGCAUGGCAAAGAGAUAUAG